AACCUGUGGGGUUAGUUAUUGUAGGGAAGUUACGUUAAUCGGAUGUGUAUUGCACAAGCAACGUAAUGAAGCUGAUCGUCCUGAUACUUUUGAGUGUCCUGAGCUCUGGCUAUGCAGAUGAUGUGGAACCGAGAGUAAAGACACCUCUGGGAGGAAUCAAAGGAUAUUACAAGUUGUCUCACGAAGGUAGACAGUAUGAGGCCUACGAAGGAAUUCCUUAUGCAAUUCCACCGGUUGGGAAACUCAGGUUCAAGCCUCCGCAAGAGAUAAUGGCUUGGCCCGGGGAACUGCAAGCUAUGAAAUUUGGAUCUCCGUGCCUUCAGUACGCUCAUGUACCUCAAAAUCCUCAGGAGCGCGUAGAGGGUGCAGAGGACUGUCUGUAUUUGAAUAUUUAUACGCCAGUCCGAGAUAAUAAAGAUGAACUGAUUCCUGUAUUCUUUUGGAUUCAUGGCGGUGCCUUUCAGUAUGGUACUGGCAUGAUCUACAAUCCUAAGUAUUUGAUGGAUAGUGAUGUUAUACUAGUGACUAUUAAUUAUCGUUUGGGACCGCUUGGUUUCCUGAGUACCGAGGACGAUGUGGUUCCUGGCAACAUGGGCCUGAAGGAUCAAAGUAUGGCACUGAGAUGGGUUUCUGAGAACAUUGAAUCUUUUGGUGGGGAUUCCAAAAAGGUGACCUUGGUUGGAUUGAGUGCUGGUGGUGCCAGUGUCCAUUAUCAUUAUCUAUCACCAUUGAGUGCCGGUCUCUUCCAAAAUGGAAUAUCUUUGAGUGGUACUGCGCUGGACUGCUGGACCCAAACUGAGAAUUCUUUGGAAAAGGCAAAGAAGCUGGGUUCACUUAUGGGAUGUCCUACGGAGAACAACAAAGAAUUGGUCCGCUGUCUCAAAUAUCGUCCUAGCAAAGCCUUGGUGCAGGCUGUUGGGGAUUUUAUGCCGUGGCUUUACAAUCCCUUUACUCCUUUUGGCCCAGUAGUUGAAAAAGCUGGCGAUGCACCAUUUAUCAAUCGUUCUCCUAUAGAAGUGAUUACCAGUGGUGCUGUACAGGAUGUUCCUUGGAUUACAGGAGUUGUAAGCGAGGAAGGACUAUAUCCCGUUGCUGAGUUUGCUGGCAAGGAGCAGCUACUAAAGGAAUUGGAUGAUAACUGGGAAUCAAUUGCACCACAUCUCCUGGACUUCAACUACACAGUACCAAAAGAGAAGCAUGUAGAGAUUGCAAGAAAGAUUAAAGAACAUUAUUUUGGAUCAAAACUAAUUGACAAAUUAAGUGUAAAAUCCUUGAUACAAAUGGUGGGUGAUCGACUCUUUGUUGUGGAUGCAGAAAAAGCUGCUAGAGUUCAAGCGAAAGUCAAUGAGAGUCCAGUUUGGUUUUAUUAUUUCUCGUACAAAGGAGCUUCGAGUACAAGCGAAUUCUUAAGUGGUACCAAGGAAGACUUUGGUGUGAGCCAUGCUGAUGAUGCUAGAUAUAUUUUGGAUUUGUGGUACAAAAAUGAAUUUACUACAGUGGAAAGUCUAAUGCAAAAGAAAUUAAUUAGUAUUUGGGUUUCAUAUGCUAUGAAAAAAGUACCUGAUAUUGGAACAGAAUGGCAUGAACUGGAUUCAUCCAAGAAGGAUAUGUACUAUCUUCACAUCGCAUCACCUGAUAGAAUCUAUAUGGAAUUAAAUUCCAAUUUGGGAGAAAAGAAUUUCUGGAGAACCAUAGACUUUGAAGAAAAUAAACUAAAGGGUUGGACCGAGAAAGAUGAAUUUUAAAGAUUUCGAUUUAUCACUAUGUAUGAAAGUUACAUCCAAAAAUGUUUGAGUAAAACGUUAUUUUUUUCA